GCGUUUCUACCCUUUAAAGUAGAUCCUGACAAAGCAGAAUUCUGAUGCUCAAAUUCUGCAGACAGGGACCACCUGGUUAGCUCCACCCCCAGCAGCCACGGGGCGGGGUUUGCUGUCUACACCCUGCUAUACCUCGUCCAUUGACUGAUUAAACUUGACAGUUAGCUCGAUCCUCCUUGCCUACCAUCUUUUCCUUCGUUGGUAGGCCAAUCGACAUAUUCCUCCAGCCUCUCGUUAUCCCAUGUCUCCCACUGCUAGUAGAGAAGUAUACCGUGUUGAGUUUUUUUUCCUCGUCGCAAAGACUGGGACUUUGUGAUCGCUGCGUCAACCUAUCCUGCUGGCUCGUUGUGAGCCAUUAGGGGCGGAGACUGGGCAGCAGCACGUUCUAUCGGUGGAGCCUCCUAGUGGUGACCAACUGCGCUUGUAACAACAUUUUGCCAUAAACUCUGCGUCUUGCAGAAGUCAAGUUGGUAGUAGUAGAAGAAAUUAAGCCGAGAUGUUGGUGCCGUCAGAUAUGAUGGCAGCCCAGUCCAAACUGCUGUACCAGCUGAACAAGUUCUACGGGGAACGGGUGCACGCUCGCAAAGCGGCCGUCGCUAAAACGGUUCGAGACGUCUGUAAAGUUGUGCAGGACGUGCUGAAAGAGGUGGAGGUGCAGGAACCCCGUUUUAUCUCCUCGCUAAAUGAAUGUAACAGCAGGUUCGAUGGCUUGGAGGUGCUCUCACCGACCGAGUUCGAAGUGAUCCUUUACCUCAACCAGAUGGGGGUGUUUAACUUCGUAGACGACGGCUCUUUACCUGGCUGUGCCGUCUUGAAGCUCAGUGACGGCCGGAAGCGUUCCAUGUCGCUCUGGGUAGAGUUCAUCACGGCCUCGGGUUAUCUGUCCGCUCGGAAAAUUCGCAGCCGUUUUCAAACGCUCGUGGCUCAGGCGUGUGAUAAGAGCAGUUACAGGGACGUGGUCAAGAUGGUCGCCGACACUACGGAGGUGAAACUACGAAUCAGAGAACGCUAUGUAGUGCAGAUCACACCAGCGUUCCGCUGCAGCGGACUUUGGCCGCGGUCAGCAGCCCACUGGCCAAUCCCACACAUCCCUUGGCCCAACCCCAACCUGGUAGCCGAAGUGAAAGCUGAAGGAUUUGAUCUGUUGUCCAAGGACUGCAUUUCCCUGCAGGGUAAACAAUCUUCAAUGGAAGGUGACGCUUGGGUGUUACACUUCAUGGAAGCUGAGAACAGCCUGCUUAGCGGCGGCUGUCGGAAGAAGUGUCUGAGCAUCCUGAAGACGAUGCGGGACCGCCACCUGGAUCUGCCCGGCAACCCCGUCACGAGCUACCAUCUCAAGACCUUACUACUGUACGAAUGUGAGAAGCACCCCCGUGAGCUGGAGUGGGACGAGGCCUGUCUGGGUGACCGACUGAACGGUAUUCUAUUACAGAUGAUCUCGUGUCUACAAUGUCGCCGUUGUCCACAUUACUUCCUCCCCCAGCUCGACCUCUUCAAGGGGAAGUCUGCAAGCUCUCUCGAGAAUGCAGCCAAGCAGUGCUGGCGCCUGACCCGAGAACUGCUGACCAAUCCUCGGUCAUUAGAAAAGUUGUAAUCAUUCAAACUGAUUCACUAACAUUCAGAAAACCUUUGUUAUGCGGGACGCAUCUGUUGGAAAAGAGUUAAAGACAUUUGUUACGCGGGACUAAACUACUGGUAAGGAAUUAAAGAGCAUUGUUGUUUAAACUGCAACUGUUGGAAAAUAAUUAAAAGACCUUUAUUACGCGAAGUUGAACUGUUGGAAAAAAAAUUAAACACCGUUGUUACACGGGAUGUAACUGCUGGACAAGUACAUUUUGUCGCCACGAAUACAGACGUCGGUAGGCUGAAGGUUGGAAGAGUUUAACCUUGACAGUCAUGUUAUAAAAUCAGAAAACUGAGAUUCCAAGAACUCACACGUUAUCCAGGGAGGAGAUAUGCGGUCAUCAGAAAUUUUCUGGAUCAUUUCCAAUCUAAACCUCCAGGUUUUAUUUCUCCCGACCCGUUCGACUUAGCGGAUUCUAACGUUAAUCGUAUUUCCAGUACGGGACUGCUGAUAUAACGAACGUGAAGGACGAGCGAUGUUCGCUGCUUACCACAAGUGAGGACUGUGUAAGACUGUGUUUGCUGCAAUCCGAGCGGCUGCCAUACAUACGGGGUAAAUUGUAGGAGAAAAACAGAUACUACCAGAAGCCUCAGACAGGCAUAUCACC